AUGGGUCUCUUACAAACUGACUGCCACGAAGAUUUAUAUUAUGCUAAGUUUAACGAUGAUGUUAUCUAUUUUGCUUUAUGCGUGGAUGACUUACUUAUUGUCGGUUCAAACGAUGAUAUUAUCAUUGAUUUCAAAGACUCCUUAGCGUCCUACUUCGAACUUACUGACGUUGGUCCUGUCAAAGAAUAUCUUGGCAUUGAAUUUACUAAGACUGCUGAUGGUUAUCAACUUACGCAGAACAAAUAUACAGAUGAUAUCCUAGCACGUUUCAAUAUAGGGAAUAUGCGAAAGAAGGUUCCUAAACUGUCUACCAAGAAGCAAUUCAAAAUAGGUGGUCUGGGACCGGACAAGGAUGAAUUCUAUGAAGAGCCUAUUAUCGAUGAAUCUGAUUUAUUAGAUGAAUCUGAUAAGAAGCUUUAUCUUAGUGGUGUUGGUCUUCUCCUGUGGUUGGCCAUGAACACUAGACCUGAUUUAAGUUUCGCUGUACAUUCGCUUGCCGCUAAAUGCGCUACCCCAACCAUUAAUGAUUUUGACAAUUUGAUUUAUUGCAUCGGAUAUCUCAAUAGUAACAAGGGUUUUGGUUUGUCAUAUCAAAAAGGCUUGACUGAUCACAUUACAGACAAAUUCGUACUUUAUGGUUUUGCUGAUGCUUCUUUUGCACCUGGUAAAUCUCGUAAGUCGGUUAGUGGUUUUGCUAUUUAUCUUAACGGAUGUCUUAUAUCUUGGGGAACCAAGAGACAGAAAGUUAUCACCACUAGUUCUCAAUCGUGUGAAGUUGUUGCUUUAGGUUUAUGUGUGGAAAACAUGCUAAAGGUAAAGGAUGUUCUUGUUGAUCUCAAUCUCGAAACUACCAAACUUACUGUGCUCGAAGAUAAUCAGCCUGCAAUAUCUAAGUGCUAUAACAGAAGGAUUUCCUGUUCAAGGAGACUGGUGGAUAUUACCAUGAAAUGGCUUCGAGAAUAUAUUUUAGACAGGCGAGUUUUGAAUCUUUCAUACAUUCAAACUCAGAAUAACAUUGCAGAUCUUUUCACCAAAGCUUUAGGCUUUGAACAAUUUAGGGUUUUAAGGGAUGCUCUAUUUAAUGGAAGAGGGUUGUUAUUCAAAGAUGUCGUUGCUCAACUUAAAUUGCUGAAGUUCACUUUCAAUCAAGAUGAUUCCUUGAAACUCAAACCAUUUAUUGGUGUGCCAGAGAACAGCUCAAAUAAGAGGAGGUUAUCAAUUGACAACGACUACAAUCUGCUUAGAGAUGAUGCUGGUCCUCCCAAAUCUAAGCGCUACAAAGACCUUGGUCAGUUGCUGGAUAGGUGA